AUUUCCUGAUUCAUACGCGCAACUUCCCUUCUAACAGACUUGUAAAUUGUAUGUAUGAGAGAAAGGAAUGUUUGGUGAAACCAUUUAUAUUUAACAAUGAGUACUUCAUCAAUGGAUAAGAAGUCAAGGGUGUGCCGAAUAACAGAAUUACUCCUGUGAGGCAUUAGUAGUUCAAAAAAAUUCUUGUUUUUCAGGAGUAGCCAUGGCCAAUGAUUCAUUUGAACCAGUGGUGGAUCAUCCCUACAGUGCUCUAGGUAAUGGGAACAAUGGUUUGAGUAAGAGCCAGAGGAAGCUUCUGCAGUCUGAGGAGGAUUCAGACACCAUAGAAACCUUGAUAUCACAGGGGCAAAUUGAAUGGCCCAGAGUUGCAAAAGCAGCUCUGAUGGAGUCCAAGAAGCUAUGGAUUCUGUCAGGCCCAUCUAUCAUAAUCAUGCUUUUCAAUUAUAUGCUCAGUGUCAUUUCUCAAAUGUUUGCUGGUCAUUUGGGGGAGUUGGAGCUGGCAGGAGCCUCCAUUGCCAAUGUGGGAAUCCAAGGAUUGGCAUAUGGAAUCAUGUUGGGUAUGGCAAGUGCAGUGCAGACUGUAUGUGGCCAAGCUUAUGGGGCCAAGCAGUUCAGUAUGCUUGGAGUCAUUUGUCAAAGGUCUAUGAUAAUAAUGACUGCAACUGCCACACUACUGGCCUUUUUAUAUGGGUUUGCAGACCCUGUGUUGCGUGCAAUAGGGCAGAGUGAUUCUAUAUCUGCUGAAGGAGCAAUUUAUGCCAAGGGACUUAUACCACAGCUCUUUGCUUUUGCCAUUUACUGUCCAAUGCAAAGGUUUUUGCAAGCACAGAAUACUGUGGCACCUCUUGCAUAUCUGUCUGUGGGCACUUUUCUGCUUCAUAUUCUCUUGACUUGGCUGGCAGUUGACAAGCUGGGAUUUGGGCUGACUGGAGCUGCCCUGACUCUGAGCUUAUCAUGGUGGAUUCUGGUUAUUGCUACUGCUUUGUAUAUUUUUUACAGCCCUUCUUGCAGGCAUACCUGGACUGGCUUCAGCUGGAUGGCAUUCAAGGGACUCUGGCCAUUCUUCAAACUCACUGUUGCCUCAGCCUUUAUGCUAACGUUGGAAAUAUGGUACUUUCAAGGACUAGUGCUCAUUUCAGGACUGCUCCCCAAUGCAGAAGUUGAAUUGGAUUCUAUUUCUGUUUGCAUGAAUUAUUUGAACUGGGACAUGCAGCUUAUGUUAGGACUGAGUGCAGCUGCAAGUAUAAGAGUGGGAAAUGAACUUGGAGCUGGGAGACCCAAGACUGCAAGAUUUUCUGUCAUGGUUGUGGUGUCUACCUCCCUGUUAAUCAGUCUUAUUCUUGCUGGUGGAGUUUUAGCCCUGAAAAAUGAACUCAGUAAAGCUUUUACAAGUACCACUGCGGUCAUAGAAGCAGUGUCUUCAAUGACACCAUUGCUUGCACUAUCUGUGCUCUUAAAUGGUGUUCAACCUAUUCUUUCAGGGGUGGCAAUUGGGUGUGGAUGGCAAGCUGUGGUGGCAUAUGUGAAUUUGGCAACAUACUACAUAAUUGGUCUGCCCAUUGGAUGUGUCUUGGGCUUCAAGGAAGACAUGGGAGCAUCGGGAAUUUGGUGGGGAAUGGUAAUUGGAGUUGGACUUCAGACAAUAGUCCUUGUAGUAAUUACUUCACGUACUAACUGGAACAAAGAGGUCGAAGAUGCUACAGAUCGUGUUAAACGAACUAAUGCUGCUGAGAAACCCACAGAGACGUAUGAAUCACUUAGUUGAAUUGGGCUAUUCUUAAACAACAUUCAAUUCAGAUUAAAGUGCCUGAAUGGAAAGCAAGUUCUUAGUUGCAAAAAUUGUCUCAAUGCUGGAUUGUCAAGGACUUUUUUCUCAUGGCUGCCAAUUUUCAUUAAGAAUAGACAAUGUGUUGAGAUUUUGAUCAGUUCACAUUUGUCUCGGAUUUAAGGUGUCAACGCGAUCUUCAACUUCAAUAUUUAGUCAAGUUGAAGUUCUUGACAUCUAUAACUUAUUGUUGCAAUAACAUAUAUAAAAAGAUAGCAUCUUCCUUCAUCA